AUGACUUGUGCUUGAUAUGACGGUUUUACUUUUCAGUCUAUUCUACUUCUAGGUGGUUAGGUUUGUGUCGUCUUCACUCAGAUGACCACAGACUGUAUGUAGUGACUGAAUUAGAAGUAGAGAUAGAUAUUCAGUAGUAUUUAGAUCAAAUCACUUACCUGAAGUAGACCUGCUGGUGAAAUAAUGCAGUUCGUGUUAGCACUGCUUGUUGGAGUGCUGGUGGCUCCUGUUUGCAGCAGAAGCGUCAAAAAUGGUCAGCAAACUUGUGGAUACGAGAGUUGUAACCAAGAAAUACCCGGCAUGAUCAAUGUACACCUUGUGCCACAUACACAUGACGAUGUGGGCUGGCUGGUCACUGUUGACCAAUACUACUACAAAGCUGUACAGUUUAUACUGGAUGGAGUUAUCCCUGAGCUGGCAGCUGACCCAAGCAAAAGAUUCAUCUAUGUUGAAAUAGCUUUUUUCUCAAGGUGGUUCAAUGAGCAGGAUGAUGCCACACGACAUCUGGUCCAGAAACUUGUCAAUGAAGGCCGGCUGGAGUUUAUUCUGGGUGGCUGGUGUAUGAACGACGAGGCCACGCCCCAUUACACCGCCAUGAUUGACCAACACAAGAUUGGGUUUGAGUACCUGAGGAACAACUUUGGGGAUUGUGCCAGGCCUAAAAUUGGUUGGCAGAUUGAUCCCUUCGGACAUUCCAGAGAGCAGGCGUCCAUGUUUGCUCAGUUUGGCUUUGAUGGAUAUUUCUUUGGUCGACUUGACUACCAGGACAAGGACAAGAGGCAGAAAGACAAAACUAUGGAGUUUGUCUGGCGAGGCAGCCCCAACAAUUUGGGAGACCAGGGAGAUUUGUUCACUGGGGUUUUGCCCAACGGCUACAACCCACCUGGCAAUUAUUGCUUUGAUAUCACUUGUCUAGAUUUUAAUCCUCUUAUUCAGGAUGAUCCUAAUCUCCAUGACUACAAUGUGGAUCAGAUGGUGGAUGGGUUUAUCCAGGCUGUCAAUGAUCAGGCUAAAUCAUUCAGAACCAAUCACUUGAUCAUGACUAUGGGAUCUGACUUUAACUAUGUGCAAGCCCAUAUGUUCUUCAAAGAGAUGGACAAGUUGAUCAAAUAUGUCAAUGCCAGGCAAUCAUCAGGCAGUAAGAUUAACGUCCUUUACUCCACCCCCUCCUGCUACCUGAAACAACUAAACAACGACAACCUGACCUGGACCACCAAAGAAGACGACUUCUUCCCUUAUGCUGACCGCGAUCAUGGGUUCUGGACUGGCUACUUUGCCAGUCGUCCAGCGCUCAAGUAUUAUGUCCGUGUGGUCAAUAGUUUCUUCCAGUCUGUGAAACAGAUGGCGGGCCUGGCUAAGCUGGACAAUACAUAUGACAGUGGUGUACAGUUACAGAAGUUGGCUGAAUCUAUGGGUGUGGCCCAACAUCAUGAUGCAGUCAGUGGCACAGAGAAGCAGGCUGUGGCUUAUGAUUAUGCUCAACGCCUUGCUGAUGGCGUAAAUGGUGCUCAGAAUGUAGUUCAGGAUGUUUACAAUCUCUGGAUGCAGAAGGGCUCCACUCCUGUACCAACCCAGGUGUUCUGUGGCUCCCUCAACAUCAGUAUCUGUAGUGUGACUGAGAAUGCCUACAAUUUCCAAGUGACUCUAUACAACCCACUGGCUCGUCCUGUCAGCUACGCAGUCAGACUUCCUGUGUCUGGAAUCAAGUACACAGUGUACAAGGAAGAUGGCGUCACACAAGUCACCAGUGAUGUGCUCCCUCUCCCCUCUGGCACAUUGAACAUACCAACAAGAGAAGCAAGGCAGGCAACUAAUGAGCUUGUUUUCCUGGCCCAGCUUACUCCCCUUGGUUAUGUCACCUACUUUGUCAAGGCUGCUACCCUCAGCAGAUCUUUGAAAUUUGAAACUGAAAAUGAGAAGCACAAAGCUGAGGUGCCACCAAAUGACAACAGCAUUGAAGGAAAAUACCUGAGAGUGACCUUUGAUGACAUGGGCUACCUGCACUCCAUCACCAACCUGACCAGCGGGGUCACCGUGCCCUUGUUGCAGAACUUCUUGUACUACCAGGGUUUCCCUGGCAACAACAGUGCUGGCGUUGACCAGGCCUCUGGUGCCUACAUCUUCAGGCCCAGCUCCAACACACCUGUCAAUGUCCCCCUCAGCAAGUGGGGUGGGGUGGUCAAGGGUGAAGUUGUACAAGAAGCCUACCAGGUCUUCACUGAUUGGAUCAGUCAGGUGAUCAGAGUCUACCAGGAUAAACCUUAUGUUGAGGUGGAGUGGACCGUUGGACCAGUCCCCAUUAAUGACAAGAUAGGUAAAGAGGUUGUGACCCGCUACACCCUGCCUGGGUUUGGUAACAAGGGAGUCUUUUACACUGAUGCUAAUGGCAGAGAAGUUCUGGAGAGGAGGCUGAACUAUCGCCCAACCUGGGACCUGAAUCAAACUGAGCCAGUUGCUGGAAACUACUACCCAGUCAAUGCUUUCAUGGGAAUUAAGAGUGGAGAUGGCAAGCUGCAGUUUACAGUCCUCACAGACAGGUCACAGGGUGGGGUCAGUCUGGAUGAUGGAGACGUGGAAAUUAUGGUCCACAGACGUCUGCUGUAUGAUGACGCUAAGGGAGUGGGGGAGCCUUUAAAUGAAACUGGAAUUGACGGCAAAGGGUUGAUCAUUAGAGGUACCCACUACUUGGUGCUAGACAAUGUGGAGACCUCCGCCAGCAUUUACCGUCCCCUGGCCCAGGAGAUCUUCUUGCAGCCUCAGGUGACCUUCUCUGACCUCAAGGUCGAGCCAUCAGUCUAUGUCCAGCUGUUCAGAACACAGUGGUCUGCCCUGGCCACCUCGCUGCCCAAAAAUGUGCACUUGUUGACCUUGGAACAGUUCCGCCACACUGGACCAGUGCCAUCCCCCGGCCCCUCUGUACCUUACCUGAUCAGGUUUGAACACUUCUAUGAGAAAGGUGAAGACGCAACCCUCUCUAACCCUGUAACUUUUGACAUUCAGAACAUUUUUGCCCCAUUCCAACUGACUGACGUCCAUGAAUUGGCACUGGGUGCUAACAUCCCAAUAGAGCAAGUUCAAAGGUUAAAGUGGAACACCCAGUCAGCAACAAUUGGUGGCCAGCCACGCAAACAUUUAUCUGGCACAGUGGUAACUCUGGGCCCUAUGGAGAUUGUCACUUUACAAGUCAACAUUAAUAUUUAGGAUCAGAGAAAUUAUCAAAUGCUAGAAAUCAAGAGUAAAGAGAAAUCCACUCAAUACAAGUAGAAAAAAAGAUUAUUACCUUUUUUUAAAUUGUUGUAUUACUUAAAAGAAAAUUUUCUCAGUGAUAACCAUUAUUGUAUAAUAAGAAUAAAAAAAAACAGUUGUUUAAACAAUUUUUUUUCCUGUUUGUAACAACUAAUGCCAGAUGACCUACAUUCCAAGUCUUUCAGUGAAGUACCUAUGGAGUAAUACAGAGUAAAAUAUUGUAGCAUUUUUUAUCAAUGAACUGUUGUAUACUUAAUGGUCGUUGUAGUCCUCAUUAUUGUUUUAUAUUCUCCUGCCCUCCUAUAUUUGUAUUGCCUGUCUCUGUAUUUGUAGGAAAUACACCAGGCAAUGCUCAGCAUAUUGAAUUUAAGGCGUAAUGAAUUUAAAAAAAAUGAUUGAGUAUUGUCAAAGUGAACUUGUAUUCUGUAUUAUUAUUUUAAAGGAAUUAACAUCUUCUUUUUUAAGUAGUUUUGUAAGUCUGUUAACCUAUGCCUUUUUAUUCUUUAGAAAAGUAUGAAGGAUUGUGAAUAAAAUUUUCUGUUGACCUUAUUUCUUUAAGGUAUUUUAUGUGUAAAGAUUAUGUACGUACAUCAUAAUUGACAGACAUUGUUGGCUGAUCAAUGACAUUCUUUACACUAUAUUUUUUUGUGAUUUGUCUCCCCUCCCAGUUUAAAUUGUCAUAAUUAUGUACUCUUGAUAUGUACAAUUUUUUUUUUUUUUCAAAAUUAAAUUGUU